UGAUCCAGUAUCCUUGCAAUUGCUGUAUUGCACUGCAAAUAACCUCAUCCACGUUGCAUCCUAGCUCGUACACCGACAACGUGUGCGUCCGAGGGUAUCGACAACGGCCCAUGCCAGUGCUAUCUCGUGCAGCCCUGUAACGUCCACCAGCUCCGACCCUGCAAUGUCCUUUACCCCUGCAAUGUCUUGGUUCACAUCCUGGCUCCCGGAGCUUCCAGCAAUCAACAUUUCCCUCCCAACGAGUAUCCAGAGUCGAUUCCUAUCCUUUCUGCUCAAAAAGACUCUUGGACACUUCCUCAAUCCCGGUCAAUUGGAUGUGCAUCAAGUAGAUUCUCAGAUUGGAUCAGGAUAUGUUCAGGUUGCUGACUUGGAGUUGAGUAAUCAAGCUGUCAACGAGCUCUUGAAUGGUCUGCCGAUCGAGUUGCGUGAUGGUCGCAUAGGUUCCGUCAUUGCUAGGAUUCCCUGGCCGAAUCCUUUGACUUCUGCAGUCGGCUUCUCUCUCAACUCCCUUCAUCUAACAUUCGUUCUCUUGCCCUCGUCUAAACAUACAUCAAAUACCACCAACCUCGCCGACUCGGUUGCUUCGGUAGCUUCAGUGGCGGAAACCUUCAUUCACGAUGAAUUGACCCCUAGGGAAGAGUUCAAGUUGCGUGAAUCAUUUCACUCCGAACUCUCCGCCACCGACGAUCCCAGUGUCCCUGGUGGUCUCGAUCCUUUCAUAACAUCCCCAGAAUAUGAGGAUGCUUUGCCAGAUAUCGAUCCAGCAGGUGUCUCCAUGUUUGCAGUAUUAAUCGAACGCCUCCUUGCGAGGUUCGAAUUCGAUGCAGCAAAUACCAAGAUAACCCUCAUACUGCCAGGUCGCACGAGUCUCACUUUAUCUAUCUCAGACAUACGCUAUCGUACAGAAGACAGGUCGGACGAUGAGGAGGAUGGGAAGGUGCGGUCCGUAUCCAUCAAUGGUAUCACAGUUUCCGCACGUAAUCUUCGGCCAGCAUUCGAUAUGUCCUUGUCUUCCACAUCUAUCCGACCAGUGUCUUCCCCUACUAGUACGCUUCAGUCAUCAUCUAGUACACCUCGAUGUCCGUCCCCAACCUCAUCUUCUUCGUCACUGGACGAAGACACGCAACUUGCCAUGACUCAAUCCCUCGCCUUUCUACCGCCUCGAACUGCCUCUCCAGCAAGUUCGGUGACUAGUAGCAUGUACCAGAGUGCAGUUUCGACACAAUUGGAUCACACAGCCGAUAUCCAGGCUCCUGCCCCCGACCUUGGUGAAUCUCCGGACCAGCCCGACUUCAGGCCAGCGAAAGACAAUGAUCCAGCAGAGCAGGAUGAAGACAUCAUUCUCUCAUUUGGAUCUGAUCCAAUCUCACUGCGAUUGACUACUCCAGGUCAUUCUCACCCGCGCGAGGAUACUGCGUCAAAUGAAAACUUCAAGUUUUCUGUUACGGCAGGGAUCAUCGCUUGUUCGUUCCGUGCCUGGCAUGUACGGAGUAUUAUGGACAUCGCAAAUGGUUGGUCAUCACACCAACACCCUUCAGCCCCUUCAGCAGUUGAGAUUUCACCGUCUCCACCGCUAUUAAUGAUGGGCUUGGAAGUGGCUUUGAAUCUUAGAAGUUUGGUCAUCCUUUUCCUCCCAUCGACCAACCCCGAUGCGGCACUAGCGACAAAUGGGAUAACAGGCUUCUUUGAAAGGCCCUUAAUUCCACCCAGACUACCCCAAAGCUAUGUAAGAUUUCACGUUGAGGGUAUUUCUUCUUCCGCGGAAAUAUCUUUAGGCUCGAUGGAGGGUGCGAGAUCCCGCUCGUUAAAGGGCAAGAAUGGUGCUUCUACCACGUCAUCGACCCUUUCACUGUCCCUGGAUGAACUAUCUGCAUUCGCAUUUCAACCCAGCGAGCCUUUAUCCCAGGAUGCUUACGCCACGCCCAUUUUGAUCACUGAUUUCCAUCUUCCAGAAUCAUAUCUCAGACCACAUCAGCACCCGGACCCUAUCUCGAAGUGUGGCGAAUGUCCGGAUUUACCCUCUUUCGAUAUUUUGGAUUGGACUGACGAUAGGCAUCAUCUAAAUGGAAUGAGAUUAUCACAGUGGAGGACUAAACACAGACAUAGACCCGAGAAGAGGUCCGAUCCCAGCAGCCAUCCUGCAGUCGUAGUGUUCGUGUCUCAGAGCCCCUCAUCGUCUGAACGUGAGAAGAACAGGAAGGUCCAUCAAACAGAUGUUGAGGUAAAAAUCCUCCCAUUGCAUGUAUUUGUGGAUCUCCGACAAAUCCUUGCAACGUGCAGUGUGAUGGAGUUCCUGGAUGAACUCACUGCGGCUCAUACUUCUUUGACACUGGAUGAGGAGGAUCAUUUCGAUAAUGACAGCGAGGACGAGGACGUUGGCGACGCUGAAGGUGAUACACCACCCGCUACGCCUCGUCAUGGAAUUCUGAGGUUCAAAGAAAAGGAGGCGGAGCGGGAAAGGCGAAGGCUUGAGCAACUAGUUUUGAAAGAUCUUGAUCUUGAUUUUGACUAUCAAGCUCAGAAGCUACCAAGGACUGAACAGAAGCGCUCAGCGCGAAAGCGUCGGCCGCGGAAACAACAGGGAGCUUCACUGAACAUCGUUGUCGAGGUGCCUCUAAUUCGUUUGCAAGUACGGUGUCCACUUCCUACCGGAAUAUCGCCUCGCUCUGGUUCGCUUAUUCUCGAUUUGCAUGACAUUCGUGUCGCAAAUGGACUUUCGAGGAAACCACCCAGCACCAGGUUUGCUGACGCAACUUCUCUGGCAACUGAUGGCGAUGUACUUGCCGCUCUUAAGAUCGGGCGUAUCGUCAUAUCUUCUUCAACGAUGACAAUCGGGAAGGCCGCAGCGCUCCUAUCUAUUGGGCCCCUGACUUCUUCCGAUGAUCAUGAAGAAGCUAGCAUAUCUCUACUACCCUAUGCUGUCGUGACGAAGUCAUCACGCACAUCUACACUAGCUUUGACCAUUUCCAUCCCAUCGGUCUGUGUUAAUAUGUCUAAACCUGCACUCGACGGCUUGCAAUAUUGGGCAGAUGAUGUCACUCAGUUGUUAGAAGGGGCGUUCGGAACUGCACCUAGUGGUGGCGAUAGUGACAAGUCAAGUAUCAUCGGCAGUAGAUUUUUCACCCAAUCAAGGAGUGGGAGCGGUAGCGAAACAACCACCAGGGCCAGUAAACCGAAACAGAGUGAAACGGCGGUGAAGAUCACGAUUUCUGAAGCAUUUGUUCGAAUAGCUCUUCCUCGGAAGUCUGAGGAUUUGGUGUCUGUUCGGCCGUUAGACUUGUACGCGUCUGACGUCGAUAUCCUGGUCGAAAUGAGGCCCGAUGGAAAGGAUGAAACCGUCGUCACAGUGGGAGUCAUGGAUUUGACUUUGAAGAAUGCUGAUACUUCGAAUGCUUUCGAAACAUAUCUAUCAUUGACUGCUCCUCGGAGUCUGACUGCGACCUCUCAAUGUCUGCUUCGCCUUCAGUUUACUUCCCUUGUUAUACCGGAGACAACAGCGAAGGAAUCCCGCAUAAAAAUUUCAUUAUGGGGAUUCACUUUCAGGUUCUAUCCCGAUAUUGGUUGGACUUCUGAUAUUGCUGAAUUCAUUAAAGCUCCUCCUGGUGCCUUUGAAUCUGUAAUUCCAAGCGAGCGGACCCGUAUUUUGAUUCGAAUUUCUGAUGGGUCGAUCAAUGCUGUGGCGCCAAAACACCCAGGUUCUGUCGUUGUGCAUAUUGGCGAUUUAGAAUUUGGGACAAACCUUGUUGGAUCAUCGUCUGACGUCUCAUUUCGUUUGAGUGUUCCGGCCUUUGCAUUACUCGCCGUCAACGACACCUCUGACAUCACUGAGCCUAACUUUACUUCGAGUUCUCGCAAUGGUGUCUCCUACUGGAGGAAAAUUGGUUAUGCUUUGCUUGCGGAGGUUGCUUCUCUUGACGUGCAUUUUACUGCGACACAGGGGUCAGGAAUCAAAGUAACCGUGGAUCAUGUUGGACUUCGCUUGCAUCUUUGUGCUGAUACUUUGGGAGAGCUGAUUGCUUUUGUCGGUGAUCUUGUAUCUACUUUCAAGGCUCCGACAGAACAGCAAGAAAUUAAGCUGAAACGAAGGCCGACUAUGAUCUCCGAGCAACCAUCAAGUCGCCAAAAUCUUAUGUCUUCCAUCGACGAUCUUGCGUUCAAGCGCGUUCCUGAUGUAGGACCGGCUCCAGACAUGAUUUAUGACGACCUUCCGACGAAUCUUGACUACUUGGAUGAAUCAUUCAGCGCAGCUGCAGGUUUGCGUGAGCUGCGGGAUGACGACCUUGAGGACUUUGACGAUGAGGGUACCGAUGAGACGCAGACACCUGAUGACCAGCGGGUUGGGAUUGUAUCAAAAGUGGGCGGUGAGACCAUCAAGAUGCUCCGUCCGGAAGGCAUUCAUCCGGUUGAACACUAUUUCGACACUUUGCAGCCUGAACCUAUAGAUGGUCAUAUGGAAUUUGGAGAAAGAGUCAUGCACGUUCAGUUGAACGACGCGGACAUCAAUGUCUUCCUCUAUGCCGGAUACGACUGGGCCAAGACCAGACGAACUAUUGAAGAGGGAGUGAAGGAGAUGCGGAAACGUUUGGCGAAGAUCAGACAGCUUGUCGCCAGCGGGCAGACACAGGACACAAGCCUGGAAGACGAGACCAGUGCUUUACUCUUCAAUUCCGUCUACAUAGGAUUGGACCAGGACGCUGAUGAGCUAGAACCCGGUGCUCUGAUUGCUGCGAUUGAUGAAGAACUCAAGGACGACUAUGAGACGGCUAGCCAAAGCUCAUGGCAGUCCCUCAAACCGUCGGCAGCCAACAAAGCUCAGACAAAGGUCCCUCGAGUCCAUGGUAAACGACUUACUCGUGCCAAGGGACCUAGUAUCGAGUUUCGGUUAGCUGACAUGAAGCUCAACGUUGACCAGUAUAAGCCAGAAGAACCGACGGUGUCGAGGAUCUUUUCUACUGUACGAGAUUUUGAGAUUCUUGAUCAUAUGAAGACGUCGACCUGGAAUAAAUUUUUGACGAGUAUGCGAUCCGAUUCACGUGGUAACGUACGGGAAACGGAUUCAAAUAUGGCUCGUGUUGAACUUCGCAUGAUACAUCCUGUGCAUGGGCAUUCUUCAGAAGAAGCGAGACUGAAGGCAAAGAUCUUGCCCCUAAGGCUGCAUGUGGAUCAAGACGCACUUGACUUCCUAAAGAGCUUCUUUAGUUUCAAGGAUCCUCAUGCACUGCCAUCCACACCCCAGGAUUUAGAUGAUGACAUUUUUUUCCAACUGGCCGAGGUAUUUCCUAUCGACGUCAAGAUGGAUUACAAACCCCGGCGCGUUGAUUAUAGGGCGCUGAAGGAGGGUAGGACAAUAGAGUUGAUGAACUUCUUUCACUUCGAUGGUUCUGAGAUGACGCUUCGACAUAUAACUUUAGCAGGGAUUUCUGGUUGGCCACGUCUUUUCGACCUCUUGAACGACUUAUGGACACCAGACGUCAAAGCUACGCAGUUGGUUGAUGUCAUUUCCGGCGUCGCUCCGAUACGUUCCGUAGUUAACGUUGGAUCAGGCAUUGCAGAUCUGGUGCUCUUACCCAUUGCACAGUACAGAAAGGAUGGAAGGAUCGUCCGAGGAGUACAAAAGGGUGCUACAGCGUUUGUCAAGUCGACAGCUAUUGAAGCCAUUAAGCUUGGUGCCCGUUUGGCCACCGGAACUCAAGUCAUACUGGAGCAGGCCGAAGGAGUUCUCGGAGGACAGUUCGACAAUCCUAUUAUGGCGGAGACAUUGCAAGGAGAUGAAUUUGUUCAGUAUGGUUAUGGUGAUGGGGAUGAAGCUGGGGAGAUGAUCAGCAAGUACGCUGAGCAGCCAGCUGACAUUAAGGAAGGAGUGCAGUCGGCGUACAGGAGUCUGCAUCGAAACUUGAAUUCGGCUGCGCAGACCAUUUUGGCUGUUCCUAUGGAGGUCUACGAGAGAUCGGGUAACGAGGGACCCGUUCGUUCCGUUAUAAGAGCAGUUCCAAUCGCAGUCUUGAAGCCGAUGAUAGGCGCCAGUGAGGCUAUUAGCAAGACUCUACUGGGUCUUCACAACACGUUAGAUCCUAAUGUUCGCCACGACAAUCAGGCAAAGUAUAAACAGCGCUGAUUUUAUCUUUACGAUCUUUUACCUCAUAGCAUUUUGCAUUGAACCUCCUUACGGUAGAAUAAUACUUCAAUAGUGUAUCAAUAGUGUAUACGUGAAUCAUGGAAUACAUGGCAGACGC